AUGUCCAUUUUAUCAAAACCAAUAUCCUUUAUAAAAUGCAUCUAUUAAAGUCAAAGAAAUAAUAUAAGUUAUCUUUAAUCGCUGUUUUAAUAAAAUUCAUUUAAAAUGGACUAAUUAAAACCAAUAAUAGAUUUAUGUAAGUCCAAUUCAAAUAAUAUUGAAAUCAUUACUUGUAUUUAAGAUAAAAUGAAGAAAUACAAUUAUUAAGAUAAUCUAAAGAAAAACCUCAUUUAAUUUUUGGAUAUUGAUGAUUAAUGUAAUGAUUAUGUUGGAUCUAACAGGCAAAAAUCUAUUCCAAAGGUUAAUGAAGAUUUAACACGAAUCUUAUCAUUUGGAAGUUAAUAUGGUUAAGUUACUAUUGAAUAUUUGUUAUCAGAAGCAAUUCCGAUGAUGAGUUAACAUUUGGAAAACUAUUCAAAACCUAAAUUUGAUUAUUUUAAUAAAGCUUAACAAUUUUAUCAAUCUAUUUAGACAAAUUAAAACAAGCUCAAAGUUCACAUUCAAAAAUAAGUUUUGAAUUUGAUUCAAUUUGGAUUAAAAGAAAAAGAAAAGGACUAUAAAUUUGAUAUAACUCAAGAUGAAAUCAAAUAACUUGAAGAUCAAAUUAUAAGUUCAAUAUUUCAAUCUCCAUACAUUCAAUAUUUUAAUAACACUUAUUGGUUAUAUACUAAAAACGAAGAAUAUAUAAAUUAUCAAUUAUCAGCAGCAUAAAAAUUUAUCAAUAAAGAGGUAUAAGAAUAAGUCGAUCUAUUAUUUAUGAUAAAUAUCCUAACAUUGAUUAGUGAGCUAAUUUGA